AAAACGGCGGAAAAGAUUCGCAGCCGAUGGGUGACGGUGAGGAGGCGCCUGAUCCCCGGUCGCUCAAGGAUGCGCUUGUGCGCGACGUGGCAUGGGCCGAGAAGACGCUUGACGCGCACGCUGCCACGUACGCCCACGAGUGCACCGUCUGCCACAGCAAACAAACGAUCCUCCUCGUCGCGCAGCAACACGUCUACUGCCGCAUGUGCCGGACGACGACAGCCAACGUCUACUGCCGACCACGCCCUAGCGACAAGAUCAGCGAGCUCGAGCGCCUCUCCAAGAGCGCUGCCAACGAAAUGCUGCGGGAGAUGCUUGCCGCUUUUGAGCUACCCCACAACAAGAGUCUCUUGACCAACGCCAAAGUACAAGCGCGAAACCAGCUCCUUCUCGUCGUCCAGACGUAUAUUCCGCUUGCGCUAAACAUUGUUGGUGCCGUCAUUGUCCAGUAUGGCUUCGCCAACUCGCUCGAAGGCGUCCUCAAGAGCCUUCGGGCAAUUCAAGAGCACUGCGGCGACGACACAGCUCUCCACGAGGGUCUCAUCCAGCUUCGCAUCCUCUUUUCGCCCUUUAACACGUUUGAGCUUGACGACGCCCGCAUUCGCCAAGACGACGUCGACGCUGCGCACAAAGCGAUCGAAGCCGAAGCGCAGCGCGCCGCCGAAGCAAAAAAGCUCGAGGCGCUGGCACAAGAGCGCCGCGACAUGGCGCUCAAGCGGGCGACAAAGGCGGCGCGCGGCCUCGACCCCAACCAGAUCUAUGAGCCCGUCAUUGUUCGGCAACCCCCUCGCGAGAUGAUGCUGGUACCGGGUCGCCAGGCCUUUCUGAGCAUCGUCGCCACGCGCACUGAGAUCUAUCAAUGGACCUUCAACGGCACACCGCUGCCAGACGAAACCCCGGGCAUUCGUGGCACACGGAGCGCGUACCUUCGCAUCUCGUUCUUCACGAAAGCCAUGAGCGGCCAGUACGCAUGCAUUUGUACGAACGAUGACGGCUGCAUGACGAGUGAUACAUGCACGCUCGCGAUGGCCCAGCUCCAGCCAACGCUGCUUCGCCGCGUGACUGUACCGUCCACGCCGCACGACUUGUGUGUGGAUGCGACGACCGAGUACAUGAUUGUAUUGGCGUCCCGUGGUGUCGAGUUUCGGCACAAAACGACGCUGGCGGUAUCGCGGACCGAGAAUGCUCCUCCUUGCACCGACAAGAGCCUCGUCCUCGCGGGCGAUCGCGACACGCUCUUGGUCGGCCUCGCCAACGGGUCGCUUCAAGUGUGGCGCACUCAACGUCGGCUGCAACCGCCCGUGCGCGAGCCGACGCUAACAACGAUGAAGAAGGUGCCGUCGGUACGGCACAUGAACGUCGUAUCCGACGUAAAGGCUCCGCCGCUCAAACGCAUGGCCACCCGGCGCGCCAGCGUGACGUCGGUGGUGCACGUUCUCCGCACCGAGCGCCACGCCACCUCGCUGCCCAAGAUCGCAAGCAUGUCCUUCUUUGCCAACAAGGCGUGGCUGCUCCUGUCCGACAAAUCCAGCACGUUGCAGCUGUACCGUCUGAAACCGGCUCCGGACGACAGGCUCUUGCCGCUCCUCUUGGCAACUUUCGUGAUUGCGGCCCCCGGAAAAAUGCGCAUCAAGGCGAUCGCGGCCAGUGCAGCGCUACCGUUCGUGGCCGUUGCAUAUGAGCACGUCGCGUCGGUCGACCUCUUCCAAGUACGCACCUCGACGUAUGCGAAGACGACGAUUGCGACGCGGCAUCGCAUCUCGGCACUGGCGAUGCCUGCGUGGGGCUACGAGCUCGCGAUCGGCGAGCAAGGUGUGCAGCACGGUUUUCUGAGCAUUUUCAAUGUGGAGACGCGGCACCGGAUGUGGCACACACGCGGGCACUUUGGCCCGAUCGAGCACUUGCAGUACAUUGGCAACUUUGUCUUGUGCACGCUCGGGAUGGACCGCAGCGUCAAGCUCUGGGACACGACGAAACGCGCGUGCCUUCUCGAGUUCGUGCCCCAGUCCGGGAUCCCGUCGACGCUGCGAACGUUUUUCUAUGCGACGCCAGAGACCUCGACGGCCUGCGCGAUUGCGCUCGGAUAUUAUACCAAGCAACUCGAGGUGUGGCAUGUCGCGUCGCUCGACAAGGUACUCGCCAGCAUCGAGACGGAGCAUUUGUACGCCGUCGUGAUGGUGCAGAAGCAAUGGCGCGGCGCACUGGCCCGCCGCCGACUGCGACGCGCUGCUGUCUUUGCUGCUGCCGCCGACAACCGUGCGCCUUAAAACAUACUAGUGAACACUGGCGCUUUUCAAUGGACAGGAC